UAAAUCCCGUGUUUUUUUUCUUCGCCCCUACAGAACCCAUGUCGAUUAGGUUUUCUAAAUUGCUCUUCCAUCUUCUUCCUUAGAGUAGGAAAUGUUACCAGUUACCAAAUUAUCAUCUUAAACCCUCCAUUACUCUCUCACACAUGAUCUAUAUUCAAUGUGAUUUCUGGAUCUGAGGCGGUGGAGAUUCAUCUAUAAAAAGAUCCGAAAAUCAGUCUGAAAAUGGGCAAAUACAUGAAGAAAUCGAAGAUUACCAACAACAAUACGGAGCCCACCGAGCCAACUUUCCUGGGAGUUCGCACCAGGGACGCUAAAACCCUAGCUCUGAAGCGGCUCAAUUCCUCCGCCUCUGAUUCCGCUCUAGCUGGAGACUCUUCUUUCUACCUUCAGCUCCACAGCCGCCGCCUCGAGAAACCCCCGGCGCUGACGGAGCCGAAACAGCCACCGAGAAUUAAGGAGCCUGGCUCGAAGGGUCGGGUUAGCUCCGGUUUGGGUUCGGUUCAUGUAGCUCAGAGCUGUAACGGAGAUGAUUGGUUUGGGAAGUCUGAAGCUUUUUUGUGGAGAGAACAGUCCUGAUUUUCAAUCGAUACAAAGGUUCGUGAUUUCGUGCCCUAGCGAUUCAUCUUCUUACCAAUUCGAUGAAACCCACUUUGUUUUUUUUUUGGUCUUAUUGAAAUAUGUUUAGUUUGAGUUUGAAUCAAGACCCCAGUUCGUGUUUUGU